ACAUUAAGCGAACAAACUUGAAUCUACGAAAUGCAAGGUCGCUCCUAUAAGAAGAACUGUGUAAUCUUAAAUGAUAACUUUGCAGGCUAUUCAGCGAAAAACUUCAGUCUCUCCGAUAAGUACAAAAAGUAUAUAGAGAGUGUAAUUGUGCCUAACGGCAUGAUCAGGGACAGAAUUGACAAAAUGUCAGUUGAUAUUUUAGAGCAUUUCGAAUCAAAUGACGCAUCGUCUAUCAAUCUGUUGUGUGUUCUUAAAGGCGGAUUCAAAUUUGCGUCGGACUUGAGCGAAGAAAUGCACAAUAAUGCAUUUAGGAGGAAUCGGAACAUUCCUAUCAUUAUGGACUUUGUUGUUGCCAACAAAUGUGUUAAUGAUAAUGCCGUUGACAAAACAUGUUUCAAUUCAUACAGUGACUUAUCAUCUCUGAAAAACAAGGAUGUUCUAAUAGUUGAAGACCUAGUUGUCACUGGAAAAACAUUGAACAAGCUAGUAGCUUAUGUUGAAUCCUUUCAGCCACGUUCUGUUCAUGUAGCGUGGUAAGUUAGACGUUCUUCAGUGUUAUUUAUUUUAAAUGUCAUAUAAAUUUUAUUACUCGAAAUCUUCCCGAUCACUUCUUAUGACUUGAUACGAUGACUUUAGUAAAUAUUUCGUCUGCAACAUAUCUUUUUACCAUUUAAUUUCAGUGAAGUCAACAUACGUCUUCUGGUUUCCCAGUGGCCCUUAUGUAGUAUUUCCGGCACAAUAUUUUCAUAAUGUUCAUAAUCCCGCCCACCAGCCUCCUUUUCGCCGUUCGUUUUUUCUACUAUCGGUCUAUUUGUUACCAAGAGUCUGGCUGAGCUUUCGCUGUAUAUUUCUGUAUCCUACGUGGACUAUUCUGUUUUGUCGCACUAGUCAAUUAUUUGAUGUAUACAUUGCAAUCUAAAGUAAACUAUUAUUUUCUUCAUUGGCUGGGUCUUAGAUGUUUUAAUUCAUUAUUUGUACUUCUUAAAACUUAUUCUCAAUUUUAUCAUCACACUUUACAAUUUCAAUCUAAAAGGAUUUACUCAAAAUCUUUUUUUAUAAUUUGGGUCAUAACUCUCAGUUUUAGUGAUCUGCAGGGUUUAAAACCAGCCUGGAUACCAAAUGUCCAAAGUCAUGGUGUUUUAAUCAGCAUACUGUGAUUGUCGAAACUAGCUGUCAACUGUUGUUUCUAGGAAAGAUUUUUUCUAGUGAAGAAACUGACGCCAUGGCGAUUUUUAGUGAUCACAAACUUUACCAAUUUCAUGUCAGUUUAGUACAGAACGUUGUGCUUGCCUGCUAUGUAUAUAUCUCUAUCUUGUACAUGGGGACGAAUUUAACUAAGUAUUUGGUUCAUUUAACUCAGUCAUAAGAUUCCACAGGUAACUAAGAAAAUACUGUUAUAUUAAUUGGUGUCACAUUAUGAUGGGUAACAGCUUACAAUUUUCAAUAAGAGGAUUCAAAAAUGAUUAUCGGAUAGGUUCCCAAACAAAGCAUAUAUUUAAGGAGAACUUCUCGGAUAGUACGGGCUUUUCUCCCGGCAAAAUACUUUUAUGUCAUUGGGGAAUGUAGACAUUUUAUCGGUCAAGUGGAAGUGAAUCUGCUUUUAAUGACUGAAUUUACGGAGACACAAGGCGAAUAUAUGCAAGCACUGGAUUCUAUUGCAUACUGUAUAAGAUAAGUUAAAGUAAAAUCAAAAAGGGUUAAACAAAUACACCACUUAUUUAUGACUGUCUUUAAUAUCACUUGAAGCCCUACAGUAGAAUCAGAAUUUUUGAAUAGCAACCAAACAACAUUUGUGACCAUAAUCUGGAGAUGGGUGUUUGGCUCAUAUAUAUUAGGUUUCUUGAAAUGAAAUCAGUAUAACAACUAACACUUUCAUUCAACUUGCGGACAUAGAGCUAUUUGCUAACCCAGGACGAUCUGUGUUACUAAUUGAGUAUACCGUAUCUGUCGAACCACUUUCUCCUAACUUAGUAAAAAUACUCUGCUUUAAAGCUAACACGAAUUAUUUUGCAUCGCCUACUGAACUGAACGCCAACAAUUUCUAAUUUUCACACAUAGUGUGUUUUUUGCAUUUAAUAAAAAUCAAAAAUAAGAUGGUUUUAGUUAACUGCGAUUAAUUUUGUUUUAUCAAAUGCCCGACGUCUCCAUAUGUUAUCAUAUUUACAUAUUCUAAACUUAUUCAAGAAUACCUGCUAUAAUUGUUAGAGAUGUCCACUUUACUAUUCGCCUCUUAUGUGUUCAUUUGCGUGACACCUCUUUGCGAGUUCUCAUGUAUUAAAUUAUUCGAUUGUUUCUUUGUUGGGGAGAUUUUUCGUACCUCCAAGUGCUUGUAGCGGUAAAUAAUUCCCCAUAAUUACUGACCAUAGCAUUCAUCACUGAACAUUGGAUGCUGACCCUCACUGUUUAAGUCAACUUGUUUAGAUGAAGGCUUCUGGUCAAGCAUCCAAGCCAUUUGGUACGCCGUCGUGUCACGUUUGUUCGUUCGUGUACAAUCCCUAGCUAGCUAAGCAAUCAUCUCGCACUCCAAUUUGGUCUCAUAAUUUGGACGAUCAACUGUGGUGUUUUGCUUUACCUUUGGUCUACGCAGAACGAAUACUAUAGAAGUUGUGGGUAUUAGAUCUUGUGUUAGUAUACUUCGUAAUAUCCGUGAACGUCAAUACCGCCAGCCUCUAAAUGCUAAGUGAUUAGGAGAUCCUAAAAUAUGCAUUGAAUUCUGUAUCAUCUCCUAAGUUUAUUUCCCAAUGUAUAUUUUUUACAGUUUAUUGGUAAAACGUAGACCAGAUUGCUCGGGAUUUCAACCAGAUUUUGUCGGUUUUGAAAUUCCGAAUCUCUUUGUCGUUGGAUAUGCUAUUGAUUACAAUGACUUUUUCCGGGAUGUUCCACACGUGUGCGUGAUAAAUAAUGAAGAGAAAAAGAACAUUUGUGGUGUCUGACGACAGCAGACAAGAAUAAAGUGAAAUAAACGUAUGCCCUAAACGUUCACCACUUUAUAUGCCGACAAUAUCAGAUAGUCUAAUACCUUUUUUGAUAUAUAUAUAUAUAUAUAUAUAU